AAUAAACAAUCGCAACUACAAGCUAUGAGUCCAUCCGUCUGUGCUCGGCUCUCAUCCGACCGGUAGCCUCUUCCUGAGCCAUGCUGGAGGCCCAGCUGGUGACCGUUCUGUUCUGCAUGGGUAUGGUCAACUCCGCCAACAUCCUAAUGAUAACUCUCGGCGGCACCAAGAGUCACAAGGUGCCGUUCCUCGCCCUAGGCCAGGGUCUGGUCUCCAAAGGUCAUCAGGUCACCCUUGUCAGCGCCUUCCCUCAAGACGGUGACUCACCGGUCGAGGAAGUAACCCCUAGGAAGGUAGAAGAAGCGGUCAUUUCGUACAGCAAGUUGGAUAUGCUGGGUCCGAAGCUUCGCGGAGAAAUGCCCUUCAGACUCUCGGAUAUCUUCGACUACGUUUAUUCGGUGUGUGAUGCAUUCUACACGGACCCCGCCACACAACCGCUGCUCUCUAUGAAGGUGGAUCUGUUGAUACUGGACGGAGCCUUCCCCGAGUGUAUGCUGGCACUGGUACAUUACUUUCGCGUGCCUUUUAUAUACCUCAACACCGUGGCCUUCUACAGCUACCAGUUCUCCCUGGCGGGCAACCCUACUAUGUACUCGACCACACCCUUCUUCGACUCUUAUCACACCGAUCGUAUGACAUUCUUGGAGCGCUCCCUCAACGGCGUCCUCCACGUGCUGGCCCGUGGGGUCGUCUUGUUCAUGAACAAGUUUUACAUGGAGCCUAUCGUGCGGAAACAUUUUGGUACUGACAUUCCGUCGAUUGAUUCCAUCGGAAGAAACGUCAGUCUGAUACUUCAGAAUGGGCACCACAGUGUGACCCACCCGCGCCCCUUCCUGCCGAGUGUUGUGGAGAUUGCCUGUAUACACUGCAAAGAGCCAAAACCUCUGCCUAAGGACCUGGAAGAGUUCGUGACAGGAGGAAAUAAGAAAGGGUUCGUGUUCGUUAGUUUUGGAACGUCCGUGCACUCUUCGCAAUUUCCUGAGCGACUUCGGCUGCUGAUGAUAGAAGUGUUCAGUAAACUUCCCUACCAGGUGAUGUGGAAGUUUGUGACAGAUGGCGAUACCAUGCCAGACCUGCCUGACAACGUACGACUGGCUCGGUGGCUGCCUCAGCAGGACUUGUUGGGACAUCCACAAUUGUUGGCAUUCGUGAACCACGGUGGCCUCCACAGUAUAAUAGAAGCGGUAUACCACGGUGUGCCGAUGGUUACUUUGCCCGUCUUCGGCGAUCAUUCCGCUAAUAGUCGCAAGACGGAGGUGGACGGAUGCUCGAUCACCCUGGAGCUGCGAACCGUCACCGCCGAUAUUCUACUGGCCGCCAUCAACAAGAUCAUUGACGAUAAAAGGUACAAGAGGAAUGUCGAGCAGCGAUCCUUGCUGCUGAAGGACCAGCCAGAACCCCCGCUUGAGAGAGCACUCUAUUGGGUGCAGUAUGUACUACGUCACCGCGGAGCGCCUCACCUUCAAAGCGCUGCUAAGGAUCUUUCUUUCAUACAGUAUUUUAUGUUAGACACGGUAGCAGCUCUACUGGUUACUUUAUAUGUUUUAGUUCUAGUUAUUCGAAUAGUGUGGCGAAAGUCUUAUGGGAGGAGAAAACUAGAUAAACUCAAAAGAAAUUAAUUACGUAAUAAACUUUGUAAUACGAGGAUGAAUAAAGUACGAAAUAUUACUAUGUAUGUACUAUGGAAAUACAAAGGAUAUAACAUAAUUGCUUGUAAUUUCUGUGAAAUUCAUUGAGCAAAAUCUAUAGAAACGUUUAAUUAAUUCCUUGCGACGGCGAAUGACGUGUACAGUCGUCUAUACACAAGCAACGUAUUUCAGGGAACACACAGUUUGAUAAGCAUGUAUGCAAACCUAGUUGAGAUGUUACACACUUUAUAUAAAUUUGUAUGUAUUCCAUACCUGUUUAAUUGAAGCUAAUUAAAAUUUUUUAUACAGGAUUACGGGAGCUAAGUAUUGAUUGAUAAUCAUAAUAAAGGGUAAUUCAUUGAAACUAAUCAUCUUAAGACAUGGGCAUUUCUUUCUGGUCGCGUCCAUCAACUUGCGCUUGCUUAAAAAUUGAAAAUAGCAAGUUGGGGUGUUCGCGUUUCGCGGGGUCUAUUUGUUUUUCGGCACCCUAAUUACAAAUUAACUAAGCCAACUACUAAUCCAAUGAAUUAAAAUUGGAUUAUAUAAAGUGGAUUACUGAUGAUAGUAUUACAGCUACUAACUGGCUUUACCAGGUCUCUUCCACUAAAUGUUUUCCAAAAGAUCUCUAACCAAAACGAUAGAAAUACAGAUAUUCUCUGAUAAUAUUGCAACAUCUUGAAUUGCACUUAUAUCAAAUAAUUAUAUAUAAAAACGAACACGUCAGCGUAAAGUUUGGACUCUAGAGUAACUUUAACUUUAUGUGGAAUACGUAACAUUAACAAUAAUUUAAAAUCUUAAAGAACAAAACUGUAAACUAGUAAAUUUGGGUAAACUUUAUCGGAAGAAGAAAUUAAAUUGUUCAAAUAACAAAGCCCAUCAAUUAGUGAGAGCCGAUGGCCGAGCAGUGUAAUACAUCAGAGGUUGGAUCUAAAUUAGUGAUAGCUCGGGUUCAAAUCCUGUCUGUGGCCGUAGAACAUUUUAUUCUGUAUUGAUUCUUCUUCUAAUUCUGUUUAAUAAAAUCCUCCCACAACCCAGGUUUUCAGGACGACAGAUAAGCUUAAAAGUAGGUCGGCCACUCACAAAAAAGGAAAUUCAUUUUCGAAUAAAUUCUUUUGCUAAAAUUAAGUGGGCUUCAGUUAAUCUUUUAUUCAUCCUCGUAUAGGCUAAUCUUUAAAAUUAUAUUCAUCACUCUAAUAGCAAUAAAUUACACACAUUAGUCGUUGGCAGUGAAAUAAUAAUUAACUAAUAACAUGGCCUAUUCCGUAUAUUUACAAUCAUAUCGUUCCUAUGGAAAUGAUCAGUUAAUUAGAUGUGAAGUCAAUGUGUUUUUUAAGUAGUAUUUAGCAAUUAUGUCAAUGCUAGAUAAAUUAAUUAGUUUAUUAUUAGACUUGUUAAGUUGAAAAUAAAAGACAUAGUAUAGAAUCA